AAAUGGGAGCCAUUUUCCAAUUCCCCCAUAGGGCUUUAUGAGAAAUUUGUUGCAGUUAUAUGCAACCAGUUUGGUUGCAUAUAACUGCAUGCACUUAAAUUUUUAAAGCAUAGCAUCCCCAAGUGCAGCUUGUUUAACGCAUACCAAAGGAUGUUCCAGGGGUAAUGACUGACAUCUGUUUGAAAACAGUAAAUUGCUCACAAUGCUAGACUCCUGUAUACCUGAGCUGGAGAAUGCGAUGACGUAAUGAAAAUAGAGUCGGACAGGAAACCACAAUUCCCAAGAUGCACUCGAAAUUACCGUGGCCACUGGACGGGGGAAGGGAAGCUGAGAUUGGAGGGAGAAACAAUCAUAAACUGAGUGUCUCCUGCCAUACAACAGCUCUUCAUGACCCCACAUCUCGUUGCACAGCUGGAGUUCGGAUGUUUGAUGCCAUUUCACAUGAGGCCAGAGACGUAGUGCUGCUUCGGUGCUUGUGAAUACUGCCUGGGAUACUCUGGAUUUAUCUCAAGUGCCAAAGUGAUGAAGUGUCUCGGACAGGGAGAGCCCAGCCCUGAACAGGAAUGUCAUUAUUCAGCUUUCGGGCACCUCUGGAGGGGCUAAAGAGAGCAGGGCUGGUCAGUGGUGGAGAGAAUAGAGGCGGGUUUCCAGGCAACUUGUGUAUUGAUGGGUAGUCAUUUCCUCCAGUCAACUCUCGUGGACUGAUAUCUGUGCAUUCCUGUUAGACUGGCAUCGAAAACCACACAACUAUUGCUCUUGAGCGAAUAUGAUGUUCACACAACACUUUUUUUUCCUGCCGGCGACAACUUUCUAAAAUCGACCCGGUGACUGUGGAUGUCGUGUUGUCUACAUAUAUGAGGAGAAAAUGAUAAACGUAUAGAUACUUGCAGUAGCUACAAGUGUGUGCAGCUGAAGCUAUGGUGGCCCUCGCAUCAACUCAUCAGCCAAUCUCAGUUUAUGACUUCAGAAGUCUUUAGAGGCCAGGAUCAGAAACAAGUUCAGCAGACAACGCUCUCACAUGCAAUGGAAGAAGACAUUGAUGUUGCCUCCCGCAUUGAGGGUCUGAAUGGUUUGUCUCGUGAAUGUAAACCAUUAGAGGAGAUAACCAAUGGACACUCCAAUCAUAAGCCUAUCAUGAAUGGACUGGUUAUUGGUCAUAAUGUCAAAGACCACACCAAUGGCAGCGCACCACUCAGAUCUCUGCCGAUUUCAGCAUUAAAACAGAAUGGUCUUCUGCAAACCCUGGCAGCUGGAGACCAGCCCAAGCCUGAAGAUGAUAAGGAAAAUGUGGAGUUGGAAAAGGCCAGACAGGAGUGGGAGGCUCUAGAGCACACCCAGCCAGCUCUCACUGAGGACUUAAACCCAACCCCACUUAUCUCCUUCAAUGAAGCCCUGCAGUACUUUCAGACCACAGACCUUGGGGAUUUGCUGAAGAACAUCCAGCCAACCAUUCGCAGGACUGGUCUGGCCGCGAUCACACACUUCCUCUUUGGACCGCCGCGACUUCACAGGGAGCUCCUGGAGGAGAGAGAUCUCGUCUUUGCCAUUGCACAGUGCCCUGUUGACAACAGCCAAACGGUCCACAUGCGUGUCCUCCAGACCAUUUAUAAGAAGCUGAUUGGCAGCAAGUUGGACUGUCCACGGUAUGGCGUACACUGGGAAAACAUUGGCUUUCAGGGUACAGACCCUGCCACUGACCUACGUGGCACUGGAUUCCUGGGACUGAUGCAUACUCUAUAUUUUGUGAUGGACCCAGAGACUCUACCCUUGGCUAGAGAGAUCUACAAAUUAUCACAACACCCGACACAGAACUUUCCAUUCAGUGUGAUGUCAAUCAACAUGACCCGCAUCGCUCUGCAAGUACUCAGAGAGGAGGCCUUGUCCAAGGAGUGUAAUCGUCGUCAGCAAGUGGUCGGCGUGCUGAAUGAGUUCUACGUUGCCACGUAUCUGCACCUUUAUCAACUGUGGAAGACCCAGCAGAAGACCAUCGCUGACUCUGGCUUUGUUCUAAAAGAGGUGGAGCUGUUUGCCAAAAAGAACCCCAAGCAGAUGCUGCGCCGGCUAGAGGUCUUCCUGAAAGAGAGGCGGGCAGGUGGAAUCCCCCGUGGGACGUCGCCAGACCCUGUGGCUCAACAGCCCUCUCCCAGCCUGGGGGAGCGAGGGGCCAAAGCUGGCACUGCACAGGCACGCAAGGGAAAGGAGAUGCACUUCACAGGAGUGUGUGAUCUACCGCCAGACAUGGAGGGAGAGGCCAGACUGAUCUAAGCUAGACUCUAUGCGAGUGUUUCUGUGUGUGUGAGUCUAUCUAUUACUUUAUGUCCGAGUGGCUUACUCAGAGCUAGAAGAAGAGCCCCACAAGACCAUGAUCUAGGACCUGCUAUCUGAACCUUAUCAAACACUUCCACUCCUUCCAUUGUUGCUGGGGUGCUGCACUUUGAUCAGAUUAUGCUAGGGGAUCUUUCAGAGUUAUGUUUGAGUUUUGUUAUUAACUUAUUUAUUAAGCAUGGGUGCAUAGAACAGAUAUAAAGAGGUCAGAAACUCAAGAUGUCACAAAAACAAAAUAAAGUGAAUAUUUGCACUUUUCUGUGGAUUUUGUAGCCAAAUCAAUAGCUGCCAAAUUAUUGGUUGAACUCUACCUGUCUAAAAGUACAAAAUAUACACAAUUUUGUUCCAAGGAUCCUCUAAUCCAGGUUAUCUAAAUGUUAUAGAGAAGCAUGGCAGAGAGUGUCUUUUUUUUUUCUCUCAAAGGCUUGGCAUUCUCCUUUGCACCAAGAUACUGCUCCGUCACAUGCAAUGUAACUGAAGAGCAGCGAUGAUUGGUAUGUUGUUAAAGGCUCUGUUAAAAUUAUGGUAAUGCGAGAUAAAAUGAACUAGUCU